CCAUUGAAAAGGUGCUCUGCCUGUGUCCUCUUAAGAACCUAUUGGUGAGAAUUUUCAGUAUACAAAGAAGGAUCAAAAAAUAAAAAUCUUCAGGAAAAAGUAAAGACAAAAACUGAAAUUCCUGAACAACUCCACCUUUGUAGGAGUUAGUUUUAUCUUUGUUGGCCUAUCCUUUCUUUCCUUCAAAAAAAAAAAAAAACACCAACCCUUUAAACUCUCCAAUCAACUACUCCAAAAAUCAAGAGCAAAAUCAAAAGAAAGAAAAGGAAACAAACACCAACACCUCAUACACUUGUCUGUCAUAGGGUGAUCUCCUUUAGUGUGAAUUGAGAAGCCAAGCCACUCAAUUCAUCACCUUCUCCCUCUCCUUUUCCAAGGAAAAAAGAAAAAAAAAUCAUCAAUUCCAAUGGAGGUUUCAUGCAAAAUUUUGAGAAGAUCAAUUCACAGUUUUCUUCAAAACUACCACUAUUUCACCUCAACUGCAGCUUUUCUAGCCCUUCCUUUCUCAGCAUCAAUAAUCCUAUCACAAGCUUUUGUGCCAGCCUCUUCAUCCCUCUUGCCUCAGAUACACGGUCACCUAAGGACUCUCUUUGAUGCUGCAGGCUUUCCUUCCACAUCACAAUUGUUUACCAUUCUCAACCUUAAGGUUUCUCAAACAAUCACUUCCUCAAUCUUCACCCUUCCUUUCACUCUCACAUUCCUCCUCAUUGCAAAAGCAUCCAUAAUUCAAGCUCUAAGUCACCACAAACCAACUUUGCCAACUUCCUUCACUUCCAUCUUGUACCAUUACAAGCCUCUUCUCCUCACCUAUAUCUACAACUCUUUCUUCAUUCUCUCAGCAAAUGCAUCUUGCUUUUGCCUCCUCUUUUUGGCCUUCACAUUUGCUGAAGGGCUGGGAUACACUUCAUCAAGUUCCACACUUUUGAUGUCUGCUGCAUCUGCAGUUCUCUAUUCUGUGAUCCUUGCCAAUGCAUUUGUGAUUUGCAACAUGUCACUGACACUGUCUGGCAUGGAGGGACAUGGAGGGUACAUGGCAAUUCUGAAGGCCUGUGUUAUGCUAAGGGGAAGGACAUCAAUGGCUUUGUUCCUGGCACUGCCUGCCAAUGUAGGCCUUGCUGCCAUUGAGGCUUUGUUCCAGUUCAGGGUUGUAAGAGCCUAUCACAAUGGUGAAAUGUCAUCAUGGCCUUUUAUGGCUUUAGAGGCCAUUUUCAUUGCCUAUUUGUACUCAGUUUUCAUCACCAUUGACACAAUUGUGAGCUGCAUGUUUUACAAAAGCUGCAAGGUGGGAUUGAGGGGUGAUCAGGAAGACAAGCAUUUUAUGAGGAUUGAAUUCCCAGAGGAAGACAGUUGUGGUUACUUGGUAUUGAAGAAUUUUGAAGAACUACCUUAAGUAACAUAAGGUAGCAUAUUGUUGUCAUCAAUCAAUUUGGCCAAGGUUUUUCUGCUUAUUUUCUCAAAAGGGAAGGAGCUACAAGUUAUUCAAAAUAUAUAGCAUGCAUUUGAAAAUUCCUUCAUGUUACUGAAACCAAAUCGAGCAACACCCCAGGGCAAAAAGGUUUUCAACAGAGGAACCUCAGCUCAGCUAUGUGCUAAAACUAGAAGAUGGAGAUUGAUUCACCAUUUUACUUUAAUGUAUUUCUUUUAUGUUGUUAAAAUGUCUUCUUUUUAUCCUAUCUCUCUACCUUGUAUAUUUAUUGGUAAUCUUUUACUUGUGAAUAAUACAAAGGCUCUUGUCUA